GGAUGUGGCAGUUUGACGAUUCAGAGAUAUGCUCCAUUGGCAUGAUCCACCCGUCCCACAGCCGGUACUCCGGCCUGUCUAUGCUAUCUGGCGUGUCAACCUUCUCAGGCAUUUCAACGCUAUCCGGUUGCGGAUCUCCGGAGCACCUGGACCGUCUGCCGGAGCUGCCGGCGGCGGAGGAGAAGCGACUGCGACGUGCGGCACAAGUGUUGCAACAGCGGCUGGUGCUACGCCAGUGGCUCGCUACGCACCGCCUGCAGCACGCUUAUGGCAAAUUACUCAGCUUGGACGUAUCAUCUCUGGAAGAUGUGUACUGGCUGGAAGACAAGACAGCGCGGCAUGUGCUGCAGCCCUCCGAUUUCGGCACAUGGUCAGCUGCGCGUCAAAGUCUGCCCACUGGCAAGGAACAACUCACACAACUUAAACAAGAUCUGUGGAGCGCCGUCGUUAAGAGCAGCAAGCAUCAAGAUGCUUGGACGUGGGGCGGCAUGUUGGUGGUAUCGGUGUCCGUUUGCGGGCUGGUCACGCUGGCCGCGAUGACCCAGCCUUCCUUGGCACCAGAAGCCAAGCACUCUUUGCUCCAAUACGUCACUGGAAAAUAUUUGCACCCGUCAAGUUGUAGGGUGGAAUGGGGCUGGCAGGAGCCGCAGCAGGUGGGCGAGACCAUGUGCUUCACCGUAUUCUGCUUCCAGCGCAACGGACAACCCUACCCGAUUUGCGACACCGACGAACUCACCGUCAACAUCUCGCACGGCACCAGAAAGAUAACAGCGGUCGUGGAGUUAGGCUCGGGAGAUCCCAGCCAGGCGAACACGGCUCGAGUGAAAUUCACCGUGCGGACGGCCGGCGUGUACAUAAUCUCUAUUAUGAUCGGCGGCGUGGCGGUGAGCGGCAGCCCGUUCCGCAAGUGGUUCCUGGCGGGGCGCGUGGAGCCGCGGCGUUCGCGCGUGGGCCGCGCGCAUCACGCGCUGGUGUGGUGCGCGGGUCACGCGCGGCAGCUGCACAUCCACCCGCGCGACCAGUUCGACAACCCCGCGCCGCUCAGCGCCGCCGAGGCGCCGACCGGCUUCUCGCUGCAGCUCAGCCCGCUGGGCGGCGAGGCGGACGAGCGCCUGUCGCGCGCCGCCGCCUUCCACUACGACGCCGUCAACCAGCGCGUGUCCAUGACGCUGUGCUUCGAGCGCGCCGGCAUCUACCGCGCCGCCGUCUUCUACGACAAGGUGCUGCUGCACAACGGCCAGUUCGACUGCAUCGUGCUCACAGCCGGCGACGCGGCCUCGGUGCAGCGCAACGUCAGCGGCAAGGCGUCGGCGAGCUACGAGGCGCGGCUGCUGGGCCCGGGCAAGCCGCGCCGGGUGCUGUGCUGCGUCGGCGCCAAGCACCUCACGCUCAAGGACUACCUGCUCAAGUUCAUCCCCAAGCGGAUCACCUCCUUCCGCCUCUGCCCCUCCACGAAGCUAAUCCUGAAGCCCACGCCCGAAGGCUCCGGGCCGGGCGGCGAGUUCACGCUGGACGACGGCGUGCAACCCAGCGUGGACCUGGUGUCGCCCGAGAGAGACCUCAUCGCGGCCACCUUCACGCAGCUGCUGAUCGCCAACUGCGGCGGCGAGGACACGUUCAAGAACAAGCAGGACUUCUUCUACAGCGAGCUACGCAAGGCGCACGCGCGGCACCCGCACGAGAAGGUGGCCAUCCGCGUGGUGCGCGCCGAGCUGGUCCGCUCCAGCCUCAAGGCCACCAAGCACUUCGCCGUAAACGACUGGUGCAAGAACUUCGACGUCACCUUCCAGGGCGAGCAGGGGGUGGACUGGGGCGGAGUGCGCCGCGAGUGGUUCUCGCUGGUGUGCGCGUCGCUGUUCGACGCCAAGUUCGGCCUGUUCGUGCCCUUCGGAGACUCCCCCGCGGGCCUGGUGCACCCCAACCCCAACCGGCCGCCGCACUUGAAGUUGAAGCACUUCGAGUUCGCGGGCAAGCUGGUGGGGAAAUGCCUGUACGAGAGCGCGCUGGGCGGCAGCUACCGGCAGCUCGUCAGGGCCAGGCUCACCAGGUCUUUUCUGGCGCAGAUCAUCGGCCUCAGGGUGCACUAUAAGUACUUCGAGCAAGACGACCCAGAGCUGUACCUGUCGAAGAUCAAGUACGUGCUGGAGACGGACCUGGACCAGGCCGAGUCGGUGCCGGAGCUGUACUUCGCCGAGGACGUGUACGACAGCCAGGGUCGGCUGGUCGAAACGCACGACCUCAUUCCUGGAGGGUCCACUAUCAGGGUGCGCAACGGCAGCAAGGCGCGCUACGUGGACGCGCUGGCGCAGUGGCGCCUGAGCGCGCGCACGCGCGGCGAGACGGCCGCCUUCCUGCGCGGGCUGGCGCUGCUGGUGCCCGCCAACCUGCUGGCCAUCUUCGACGAGAACGAGCUGGAGCUGCUGGUGUGCGGCACGGGCGAGCUGUGCGUGGCCGACUGGCGCGCGCACGCGCUGGUGUCGGGCGCCGGCCGCGACUGGGAGCGCCUGCUGCUGUGGUUCUGGGCGGCGCUGCACAACUUCAGCAACGAGGAGCGCGCGCGCCUGCUGCAGUUCGCCACGGGCUGCGGCCAGCUGCCGCCGGGCGGCUUCCAGGAGCUCAACCCGCGCUUCCAGAUCACGCCGGCGCCCACCUUCGGCGCGCUGCCCACGGCGCACACGUGCUUCAACCAGCUGUGCCUGCCCGACUACGACAGCUACGAGCAGCUGGUGCACGCGCUGCUGUGGGCCAUCAACGAGGGCGGCGAGGGCUUCGGCAUGAUCUGAAAUUCUUCUUUCUCACUGCGCAUGGCGUUUCCCGCGUUCCUUCGGCGCCACCGUUGGCCGUACUCUGGUGACGUCUGUUUCUCAUCAAAUUCCGAUUCGCUAGUUGCGCCACUAACAGAGUCCACCUGUCACAAACCCGCGAACGAACGAAAAAUGAAAAGGUAAGCAAAAAACAGAAUCGGACCAAUACACGCUGUUAACUUGCUACUGUGCAAUUGUAUCCAUUGUAACGGACGAACCUCUUCACUCAUCGCGUAUAUAUUUAAAAAAAACCUUUAAAAAUAUAUACAAGGUAACUUUUUGUAUCGCGAUGUUUUGGGUGAUGAUUUUACCCAUCCAUACCUUUACCAACACAUUUACAAUGACGACAACCCUCAAACCGCGAAAGAAAUCACCAUGGAUACGAUCCCUGUAAUGACAAUUACUCGCAUUGUUCAAAAGAACAAAAACUGCCGGAGUCGUAAAAAUUUAUUUCAUAUUCAUGGGUAAAAUUACACCCUAAUAUGCCGCGGGGAAAGAAAAUCACCUUUUAUUAAGCUGUGAAUUAUUAUUAUUACGACUGUAAUUAUUCAAUUUAUUAUUACAGCUGCGUUUAGAUGUAAAUGUGUUAAGAAAAAGAUUAGGCAAAGCCUAAACGAAGUCAUACAGGAUCUCGUGCUAGUCAGAAAAUACUGUCAUUGCUUCAUCGCAUUUACUAGCAUUGUAAUAAAAUUGUAAAUAAAUUCGUUGUGAUGUUUCGAAUUAAAUGGGAUACCUUUUCAAGUCGUAACAAAUGACGACAUUUAUCCAAUGAUUAGGGGGUUACCCCUGAAAUGACUAUACCACUAAAAUUCAUUGAUGAUUGCGCCCAGAAUGAUAGUAGGGAACGCUACUAUCAUUUUGAACAUUCUACUACGGGUUAUUCCAUUGAUUGUUUAAUUGUACAAUUAUUCAUUGUUGUCUAAUUCAACGCAACAACUGGACGUAGUUAAGCAAAAGGGACCCAAUCCACAAAAUUAUAAAAAAAUGAGUAUACACAUACCAAACGGUUUCUAAAGUCUAACCUCACAAAUAAAUAUCUCUGGAGUUAAAUGAAAUUAUUACGUUUAAAAAUAAACCAAGAGUGAGAAACAUUUUUAAACUUCAAACUGCCAUAUCG